GAAUUCUAUAUAAAGACUACCCUUUCUAACCAUUUUAUCACAACUUUCUUUAAUUUCAAAACUUUUUCCUAUACACAAGAAGAAAAUAUGGGUGUGAAAGGCAAGUUAAUUGCUUCAGUAGAGGUGAAGUGUGGAGGACACUCGGUUCAUGACAUUUUUCACAAAAAAACUCAUCAUAUAGCCAACAUAAGCCCCAGCAAGAUCCAACAUUUUGAGAUUCAUGAAGGUGAAACCGUAAAGGUUGGUUCGGUUGUCAACUGGAAAUAUAACGACGAUGGAAAAGAUAAGGUUGCAAAGCAAGUGAUUGAAGCCGUUGAUCCUCAAACUAAAUCAAUCACUUGGAAAGUGAUUGCUGGUGAUCUGUUAGAGCUGUACAAUUCCUUCACUAUUAUCACAUCAUGUGACCACCAAUGGACUACAUGGACUUUUGUGUACGAGAAGAAAACUGAAGACAUACCAGAGCCUCUCGUUCUCUUGGGUUUUGUCCUUCAUGUGACAAAAGAUAUUGAGGGUCACCUUCUCAAGUAAUAGAACAUAAAUGCUAUUCCAUGUAUGUAUUUAUGUACACACACUUAUAUAUGUGUGGGGUUGUGUGAUACUGGGUAGCUAGUUCUAACUAGCUAGCUAGUUUGUGAAAUAAAUAACAUUGUGUUUGAAGAAUA